UUAAAGACAGAUGUGCAUUAUUCCAUACUGUCACUUCUCCUAUGUCUUUCUGACUCUCCUUCAAACAGCAAUUACGUGGAAAUGCCAAGAGAUAAAGAAGUGGAAAAGAAAGAUGAUUUUGACUGGGGGAAAUACUUAAUGGAAGGUGAAGAAAUUGACCUUAGUCCAAAUAUAGACACACCGAAUUGGUCUGAAGAAAGUGAGGAUGAAGAUGAUACACAGCCCUGGAGCAGAGAGGAUUCUGGAAUUCAGGUGGAUAGGACACCAUUAGAGGAACAAGGUCACAACAGAAAGCCAGGGCCAUGUGUCAGCUGGAAAG